AAUCCUCCUCCUCCGCCAUCAUCCUUAGCCGUGCGCGGAGCAGGUGGUGUCGCGAGUGGGGAGAAGAGACGGACAGGCGGGCUGGGCAUCGGGACCGCUGGACUCGGAGGCGGCGACUCCGACCGGACCUGACGCGGACCCUGAACCAGCCCCCAUCCCGGAGGGAGUACGCGCCUGCUAGAGCCUCCCCACGCGGCGGCGCCGUCUGUUUACGUUUGCAGAUUUCCAGGGGAGCCUACCAACGAGUCCAGCAUGGCCUCUGAGGACAUUGCCAAGUUGGCAGAGACGCUAGCCAAAACCCAGGUGGCCGGCGGACAGCUGAGUUUCAAGGGCAAGAGCCUCAAACUCAACACUGCGGACGAUGCCAAGGACGUGAUUAAGGAGAUCGAAGACUUUGACGGCUUAGAGGCCCUGCGCCUGGAGGGCAACACGGUGGGCGUGGAAGCGGCCAAGGUCAUCGCCAAGGCCUUGGAGAAGAAGUCGGAGUUGAAGCGAUGCCACUGGAGCGACAUGUUCACGGGGCGCUUGCGGUCGGAGAUCCCGCCGGCCCUGAUCUCGCUGGGGGAGGGACUCAUCACAGCCGGAGCCCAGCUGGUGGAGCUAGACCUGAGCGACAAUGCCUUCGGGCCCGACGGCGUGCGGGGCUUCGAGGCCCUGCUGAAGAGCCCCGCCUGCUUCACCCUGCACGAGCUCAAGCUCAACAACUGUGGCAUGGGCAUCGGGGGUGGCAAGAUCCUGGCGGCCGCGCUGACUGAGUGUUACCGGAAGUCCAGUGCCCAGGGCCGGCCGCUGGCCCUGAAGGUCUUCGUGGCCGGCAGAAACCGUCUGGAGAACGACGGAGCCACUGCCUUGGCGGACGCCUUUGGGAUCAUCGGGACUCUGGAGGAGGUCCACAUGCCCCAGAACGGCAUCAACCAUCCCGGCAUCACGGCCCUGGCCCAGGCCUUCGCCAUCAACCCCCUGCUGCGGGUCAUCAACCUGAACGACAACACCUUCACUGAGAAGGGCGCCGUGGCCAUGGCCAAGACGCUGAAGACCUUGCGGCAGGUGGAGGCCAUCAACUUUGGGGACUGCCUGGUGCGCUCCAGGGGCGCCGUUGCCAUCGCAGACGCCGUCCGCGGGGGCCUGCCCAAGCUGAAGGAGCUGAACUUGUCCUUCUGUGAGAUCAAGAGAGAUGCCGCACUGGCUGUGGCUGAGGCCGUGGCGGACAAGGCCGAGCUGGAGAAGCUGGACCUCAACGGCAACACCCUGGGAGAGGAGGGCUGUGAGCAGCUCCAGGAGGUGCUGGACAGCUUCAACAUGGCCAAGGUGCUGGCGUCCCUCAGUGAUGAUGAGGGUGAGGACGAGGACGAGGAGGAUGAGGAGGAGGAGGGAGAAGAAGAGGAGGAAGAGGAGGAGGAAGAGGAAGAAGAAGAGGAAGAAGAAGAUGAGGAAGAAGAAGAGCCACAGCAGGGAGGGCAAGGACAGGAGCCAGCCACACCAUCGAGGAAUAUUCUGGACCCUAAUAGUGGGGAACCAGCGCCCGCACUGUCCUCCCCGCCGCCCGCAGACAUCGCCACCUUCUUGGCGUUCCCCUCCCCGGAGAAGCUGCUGCGCCUGGGGCCCAAGAGCUCUGUGCUGAUAGCCCAGCAGACCGACACGUCUGACCCGGAGAAGGUGGUCUCCGCCUUCCUGAAGGUGUCCUCUGUGUUCAAGGACGAGGCCCAAGUGAGGGCGGCAGUGCAGGACGCAGUAGAUGCCUUGAUGAAGAAGGCCUUCGGCUCAUCGUCCUUCAACUCCAACGCCUUCCUGACCAGGCUCCUCAUCCACAUGGGUCUGCUCAAGAGUGAAGACAAGGUCAAGGCCAUCGCCAACCUGUACGGCCCCCUGAUGACGCUGAACCACAUGGUGCAGCAGGACUACUUCCCCAAGGCCCUCGCGCCCCUGCUGCUGGCGUUCGUGACCAAGCCCAACGGCGCCCUGGAGUCCUGCUCCUUCGCCCGCCACAACCUGCUGCAGACGCUGCACAAGGUCUAGACCCAGACGCGGGGCAGCCUCUCCCGACCCUCAGCCUGGGCCAGUGACUUGGGAAGGGACUCGGACGAAGGACUCUGGCCAGAACAGGGAGGGUCUUUGUCACAUGUGUCGUGCUGGUCCCAGAGUUUGUGUGUCGGUGUGGUGUGCGUGCCGCUGUGUGCUUCCUGCCGGGGCUUGGGGUCACUGACGUCCCCCUGUGGGGCCGGCCCUGGGUCUCUGGAGGGGAGCUGGCCCCUGGCGGACGGUCUGCAAGCUGCUCUGCCAUUACGGUCUCGGCCACCUGAGGGCGCUGUGCUGAUCUGCGCCUCAGGCUCCCGGCUGUGGCUCUUCCACCCACUUGGCCUUCCCGGCCCUCCUAGGCUGGACCGAAGCCUGGGGCAUUGCUGUCCAUGCGCUUGUUCCCCGGCCCCAGCUUCCCGCUGAGGUCGGGCUGCACCCUAGCCUGCCGGGGCCUCUCGGUCAGCCGCUGCCUGUGCUGCUUGCGAACAAGCCCUGGUCCUGCAGCCACCACGGUCCCCACCGUGCACCCCUGCUGCGCCGAUCCCUCGGCAGGGGAGGCAGAGACGGCCACAGUGGAGCCGCGGGGUGGCCAGCAGAGGGCGAGACCCUGGUGCCCGUGCCAUGCAGGCAGGACAAGAAGCCAGUGGCAGGCACAGGGCAGCCUGGAGCCGGAGGUGCUUAGCGGCGCUGGCUGCGGACCCUGCCCUGGCCGCCGAGAUGUCUGUGACUGGCCUGGGGCCGCACCGGAGGGGCACCUGGAGAGGCCCCGACCUGUUCUCCAGCCCGGGGGGCAGCGGCAGGGCCCACUGCCGCCUGAGCUCCCUCCAGGGAGCUCUCAAAGGACCUGGGCGGCGCAGCGUGGGGACAGAUGGGCUCACAAUGGCCGCCGCCUCCCCAGUUGUCCUGCGACGCCCUGUGCUUUUCCCCUUGUGCUCUGUGUCUGGGCUGUGCCCGAGGCUUCUCGAAUAAAGUCGUGUGUGGCAACA